AUGUCUGAUUCAACCGCUUCUGAGUUUGCUGCUGCAGAAAAAAAAGAAACUGUUACUCCCGUUUCCAAUGAACCCGUUAUUCUAGGUGAAGAUGGAAAACCAUUAAGCAAAAAAGCUUUAAAAAAGUUGGCUAAAGAACAAGAGAAAUUGAAGAAAAAGCAAGAACGUGCCAAACAAUUGGAAGAGGAAAAAAAACAACGUGAAUUGCAAGACGCAUUGAGCGAUUAUGCUAAGGAAAAUUAUGGCAAAUCUCCAUUGAUCCAAUCAACUACCAAAUCAGGUUUAAAAAGAUGGAAGUUUUCUGAAUUGAAAGAAGGAGCCAAUGCUCCUGGUGUCCACGAUGGCCAAGAAAUUGUUUUUAGAGCUAGAGUUCAAACCACCCGUCAGCAAGGUUCUACUCUAACAUUUUUAACUUUUAGACAGCAACAAGAAUUAAUCCAAGGUUUAGUCAAAGUCGAUAAAACCAACGUUUCCAAACAAAUGGUUAAAUGGUGUGCCAAUAUUAAUGGAGAAAGUAUUGUUGUAGUUCACGGUCUAGUUAAGAAAGUUAGUGGUGAGCCAAUUAAAUCCUGUACCAUCCAAGAUUUAGAAAUUCAUAUUUCCAAAAUUUUUACCAUCAGUGAGACUCCAGAAAAGUUGCCUAUUUUAAUUGAGGAUGCUUCUAGAUCUGAAGAAGAAGCUGAGAAAUUGGGAUUGCCUGUGGUUAAUUUAGAUACAAGAUUGGAUGCCCGUGUUAUUGAUUUAAGAACAGUUACUAAUCAAGCUAUUUUUAGGAUUCAAAGUGGUGUUUGCAAGUUGUUUAGAGAGUUUUUGGACAAUAAAGGUUUUAUUGAGAUUCACACACCUAAGUUAUUAGCAGCCGCUAGUGAAGGUGGUGCCAAUGUUUUUGAAGUUGGCUAUUUUAAUAGAAAAGCUUAUUUGGCUCAGUCACCACAGUUUUAUAAACAACAAUGUAUUGCAGCUGAUUACGAAAAAGUUUAUGAAGUUUCUCCUGUUUUUAGAGCUGAAAAUUCAAACACACAUCGUCAUAUGACUGAAUUUACUGGAUUGGAUUUAGAAAUGGCUAUUGAAGAACAUUACGAUGAAGUUAUUGAUACUUUGAUGGAAUUAUUUGUCUUCAUUUUCAGUAAUUUGAAAACGCGUUACGCCUCUGAAAUUGAAUUGGUUCGUAAACAAUACCCAAUGGAAGACUUUAAGUUACCUAAAGAUGGCAAGAUGGUUAGAUUACACUACAAAGAAGCCAUCAGAUUAUUGAGGGAAGAGGGUGGUAAGACCGAUUUGGGUGAUUACGAGGAUUUAAAUACAGAAUGUGAAAAAUUAUUGGGUAAGAUUGUUAGAGAGAAAUAUGAUACUGAUUUCUAUGUUUUGGACAAAUUUCCAUUGGCUAUCAGACCAUUUUACACUAUGCCCGAUCCAGAGGACUCUCAUUAUUCUAACUCUUAUGAUUUCUUUAUGAGAGGUGAGGAAAUUUUAAGUGGUGCACAAAGAAUUCAUGAUCCAGAAUUAUUAAGGAAAAGAAUGGAAGCUCAUGGCGUUUCACCAGAUUCCCCAGGUGCUAAAGAUUAUGUAGAAAGUUUUACUUAUGGAUGUCCAGCUCAUGGUGGGGGUGGUAUUGGUUUGGAAAGAGUUGUUAUGUUUUACUUGGAUUUGAAAAACAUCAGAAGAGCCUCUAUGUUCCCAAGAGAUCCAAAAAGAUUAAGACCAUAG